UUUUAGAUCCAACAUGGCGAUAACGGCAUGCCAGUUUACUGCGAACUUUUGUUUGGUUUGUUAACCAAAAGUAGGUGGGUGGUUGCAAGGCUGAGCAGUGUCACGUGACUGACACAUAACCGAGCUGCCCAAUUCCAAUAUGGUGGUCGGCUCUGCAGGCUUACGUUUCUUGUUGACGAUAUUGUUCCUCUGCGGGUUCGGGUUCGGCGCGUCCAGCCAUCAAGCCCCGCAGAUUUUGGGGCUCCGACUGGAAGAUCCCCAGGGUCAGGUGUUUAUGCGCGAGAGGAUCAUUUCGGCGCCUUACGGGUCUAGUUUCAAGCUCAGAUUGUUCGGCACCUACCUAAAUGGGACUUGGCCGUGGGUCGCUUUCGCAGGAGCUGCGCGAGGGGAAGCAGGUGCCGUCGGAGACGCAGUGGAUCCUUGUGAGCAAGAGAGGCGACGGAACUCGUCUGCGUUCAAGGUUUCCGGGGAAUUUGGGCUGGACGAGGAGUAUAGUGGGGUGCUAACGGUCCAGGCGGAAAAGAGCAUCCCCGCUGCAUCCGCGGAAGGGGAUGCCAGUCUGAUUUAUCAUCACUUGUGCGUUUUGCAAGGCCACAAAUGGGCAUCAGCUGCUCCCGACAGGUUGCGUAUCCUGACCGACCCCCAGUUGCCUCCUGACUACAUUCCAGCGUGGGGAGUGGCGAUAAUAAUAGUACUUAUUCUAGCUGCUUGUGCGAUACUUAGGAGUCUCAACAUCAGUUUGUUGUGGCUCGACCCACUUGAGCUUUAUGUGCUGCACAGUUGUGGUUCUGAGAAGGAGAAACGAACCGCGAAACGCCUCGAGCCUGUCCGCAGGAGAGGGAACUUCCUGCUGUGCUCGCUCUUGUUUAUUUCUUCUGUGGGCCAUUCCGUUAUCGGCGUGCUGUUCUACCGGGCCCUGGGGUCAAUCGCGCCCGCGGUGUUUACUAGCGCUAUUCUCAUCUUCCUGUUAGCAGAAGUGCUGCCGCACGUGAUAUGCUCCAGUUACGGGUUCCAGCUCGCACCGGGCCUGACGUGGCUUGCGCAGGUUUGCAUGAUCGUGACAUGUCCACUCUCGUGCCCCCUCGGGCUUCUGCUGGACCUGGCCCUCCGACGCGACAUCAGCGUGUACGGCUUGCGGGAGAAGAUCAUGGAGAUGAUCAGGACGAACGUGAACGACCCAUACAAUGAAUUUGUCAAAGAUGAGUUCAGUCGCGGGGCUCUUCGAACCAAAACUGUGGAGGACAUCCUUACUCCGCUCAAAGAAUGCUUCAUGCUUCCUUCUACUACCGUGCUGGACUUCGGUACCAUGUCGGAAAUCAUGCAGAGCGGCUACACACGGGUGCCGGUGUACGAGGAAGAGCGAUCCAACAUCAUCGAGAUCCUGUACGUGAAGGACUUGGCCUUGGUUGACCCCGACGACUGUACCCCUAUCACCACCAUCACCAAGUUCUACAACCACCCUCUGCAUUUUGUCUUCAAUGACACUAAACUGGACGCCAUGCUCGAGGAGUUUAAGAAAGGAAACUCUCACUUGGCCAUCGUGCAGAAAGUAAACAACGAAGGAGAGGGGGACCCCUUUUAUGAGGUGCUGGGCCUGGUCACUCUGGAGGACGUUAUUGAGGAGAUCAUCAAGUCAGAGAUCCUGGACGAGUCUGAUGGCUACAUGGAGCUGAAGGUGAAGCGUCCGAUGCCCCCUCUGGAGAUCCCUCUGGAGCCACGGAGCCUCAGUGAGGAGUUCUCCCUGUUUAAGACGCCAGAGGGAGGAGAGCCCAAGAUCCGCACCUCCCCACAGCUGCUGCUCGCCACACACCGAUUCCUCUCCAGAGAGGUGGAGCACUUCAGCCCGCUGCGUAUGUCUGAGAAGGUCCUGCUGCACUUACUGCGCCACCCCAGCGUUAACCAGGAGGUCCAUUUCGACCCCUCGAACCGCCUGAGCCCUGACCACUACCUCUACACCCGCAACCACCCUGUGGACUACUUCAUCCUCUUGCUGCAGGGCCGGGUUGAGGUGGAAAUUGGCAAAGAGGGCCUGAAGUUUGAGAAUGGAGCUUUCACCUACUACGGUGUGUCUGCACUCACAGCGCCCUCUUCAGUGCCCCAGUCUCCAGUGUCCACCCAGCGCUGCUCUCCACGGGACCCGUUUGAGCUGGGUGAGGCCGCCAGCCCCUCCAGCUACUGCCCCGACUACACGGUGCGCGCACUCACCGACCUGCAGAUCAUCAGGGUGACGCGUCUGCAGUACCUGAACGCCCUGAGGGCGUCACGCAUCGGCCAGAGUCCCGAUCCCCCCGAGAUUAAGAUCUUACCCAACAGCCAGACCAAGCUACUGAAUGAGAGGAACACUACCCAAGACUUUCCUGUUCACUUUUCAUUCUUUGAAACUAUCGAGAACUUCUGUUAGUACAGUCUGCAUGAGGUCCAAGCCAGACGCAAGAGGGAGCCUCUAAGGACGAGACUCAAAGCUGAAACGCCUCACAGUUACCCCCCACUUACCCCCAGUUACCUCCCACUUACCCUGACACUUCAAAGGAUUUGAAAUGAAUCAAGUGAAAUCAUAUUUUCUAAAAGAAAAAAACAACGUAGGAGAUUAGAAAGAAAAUAAAUCAGUCUUUUAUCCUUAUUAAUGUAGCAUUUGAGCCAGGUAAGAGGGGUUAAUUAGUUCGUUUUUUUUAUUUUAUUUCUGUUAUGGGAGCAGGCAGUGGACUUAUGCCUUCAGGAGUUGCACAGUCUGAGGGCUUAAGCUUUGUCUUUUGAUGGAUUACGAAGGACCAAUGUCCUAUUCCUCACCCACCCCUACCUGCCACACCACCAUCUCUUUAAGGACUCCUCUCCGGAGGGCCGGACAUCACCUGGAUGCUUCUGCCUCACCAACACACUCAUUCACAGCAGACCAGGACCCAGAACUACCAGGAACUGCUCAGACGCGCUCACAGCCGUGAUGCUCCAAGCACACGCCAAACACGCCGCACGGGACGAAACGAAAACAGGUUAAAUCUGCUUUUAGCAGAGACGUGCUCCUCCAAAACCAAUCAUCUAAUCGCUGUUUUCACUCUGUUCGCUUUUAAUAGGCUGUGUAUGGGUGCCAAAGUUAAACCCGCCAUACUCUCUCGCCUUGUGUUUGAGUUCCAUGUUCCAUGAGCGGUUCUUCGUGCGUGUGUGUUCUCAGCAUGUGCCUCCUUCGUCGUUUUUGUUCCGUUUUAUUUCCUCUCAAGCAGCCCUGUAGCAGUGUCCGCUUGUAUUGUAGACUUCCCAUGAGCACUUUCCACCGUGUGUGUGUGUGUGUGUGUGUGUGUGUGUGUGUGUGUGUGUGUGUGUGUGUGUGUGUGAGAGAGAGACAGACAGACAGAGAGUAUGUGUGCGUGUGUGUGUAAGUAAUGAUGCGAGUGAGAGAGGUCCAUCCACUUUCUUUGCUUAGCUGCUCUACUUCACUUGUCCUAAAGGACAUAAGUACGUCCGGUACGUCCGAAAACAUCUCCAGCCCCUGAAGGCCGCCAUGUUGGUGCUGGUCACUCACACUGAUCAUCACAUACAUACAGAUUUUAGUUUUGUGUUUUCUUUUGCUGUUCAUUUUUAUUUUGUAAACAUUAAAGUGCAAUGAUGUUUGGUGCCUAAAUCAAAACGAUAGAACACUAGCUGUAAACAAAAAAAAACAUGCCAAAAUACCAGGGAUGUGUUGUGACCACUUUUGUCCAACCAAGUACAAGUACUCACAAACGGUGUGUGUGUGUGUGUGCUUAAUGAUAACUGGUGAAGAACUGAUGCAAGUUCUUAAUAAGGCAGUAUUUCUUCCGUAAGGAUAACGAUUAUCAUCAAGAUAGGAUUAGUUUCUGUGAGCUUCAGAGAUGCAGUGUCUUCAUCUUUCACCUCAUGUUUCCUCAGAGCAGGACGCCUCUGUGUAAAUCCAUGUCAUUUGUUUUGUUUGGUAAUGUGAGUUCGCCAAUAUCCCUCCCUCUGUGCCAUAAUGUUCUUUCAUUAAUCCACAAUCCAUUCCAUGGUUUGAGGCAACAGACCAAGUCAGGUGUGUGUGUGUGUGUGUUUUCUUGCUGUUCAUUUUUCCUUAAUUAAUCCUGUGAUGUUGUAAUACAAUGAUCACAAUGAAGAUUUGCCUCUCACCUGACCAAAACACACAAUGACUGGUUGCCAAUUAUACUCUGCUGUGUUUUACCUUUUAAGUUGAACAUUCCAACUUCAUUUGUGUGUAUGUGUGUGUGUGUGUGUGUGUGUGUGUGUGUGUGUGUGUGUGAGAGAGAGAGAGAGAGAGCGAGCGCGAGCGGUGUAGAAGAGUGGGAGAGUCAUUCAAACAUUUCAGUAUUCAUUCUCAAAGGAUGGUUCAUUUUCAAUUUUCAGGAAGUGUGCUAUCAAAGUAUUAAACUCUACCUGUCCACUGAAGACUUUCCCUCUAGACAUUCAACCAUGUUUUAGAGACAUGAGUCCUGUACACGGUGCCAGCAGUCCUCUCGUUAUACAAAAUAAUGCUGUCAUUCAGUUUCUUCUGCCUUUUUAUUAGUCAUUUUCUCUUCUCUUUGAGUAAUUUCAAGAACUGUUUUCUUGAGAAUGACCAUGUGAUUCCAAGUAAAUAUUUCUCAGCUGUUUUAAAUAUAUUGUACUGUAUGCAGAGUUGCAUAGGCCGAUUUAUAUUGUAUCAAAUGAAUGAAUGUAUAUUGUAAAAGAACCUGUUACUUGUGCUUCCUUGCUCUAAUGGAGAAUGCUGGGUAUUUUGGUAGGGUAAGGAUCACUGUAUAUACAAAUCUGAAUCUAUAUAUUGCAGAGAUUAUAAAUCAAGAUUAGUGGUUAGAUAAAGUGUUACGUUUUUCAGGUACAAGAGUAAAGUGCUGUUACCAGGGGAAACUAAUGUUAAGGCAUCAUUAGGACCAGCUUCUCUUUCUUUCCUUGUUGUAGUCUUUAAUUCAUUUCUUUUCCUGGAAUGACUAACAGUGAGCGCAUCAACCCUUUUCAUUGAAUGCUUUCAAUCUCGACUGUUUGAUAGGAAAUAAAAAUAACCCUGUACAAAAAAA